AAUUGGUAUCAGAGCAAGGGCUCCAAUUUGAAGGUUUAACCACCUAGGAGUUGAUCAAGGAUGGCUCAAUUUCAAGCUUCUCAACCACUUGAAGGUUUGUCUACCACUAAGCCUCCUUUCUUUGAUGGUACUAAUUAUAAUUAUUGGAAGAAUAGGAUGAAGGUCUUCAUGCUUGCAAAUGUGCCCAAGGCAUGGAUUGUGACUAUGAAAGGUCCAUGUGUGCCUAUGAAAGUAGUUGGGGAAAGUGAGGUGCCAAAGGAAGAAGUUGAAUGGAAUGAUGAAGACUUGGUGAAGAUCAUGAUCAACAACAAAGCAAUCAACAUGCUUCAAUGUGUUCUCAAUCCAACGGAAUUCCAUAGAGUAUUCGGAUGUGAUACGGCCAAGGAGAUGUGGGACAUGUUGGAGGAGAGCAUUCAAGAUAUGUAUACAAGAUUGAAUGAUAUAGUCACCAAUCUCAAGGCUCUUGGUAAAGUCUAUCCUUCUCAAGAAGUGGUGAGGAAGGUUCUUAGAAGCUUGCCCAAGAAUUGGGAAGCCAAGAAGACUGCAAUUGAAGAAUCUAAGGAUCUCAACACUCUCAAGCUUGAAGAUCUCAUUGGAAAAUUGAUGACAUAUGAAAUAGAAGUUCAAGUUUAUUGUGGAGUUGAAGUAGUUGAGAAGAAGAAGAAGAAUGUUGCUUUCAAGGCUAACAACCAAAAGGAAGAGAAUGAAGAUGAUGCUAGCAAUGAGGAGGACAUCACCAAAUUGGUUUCAAAGGAAGUGAAGAAAUACAUGAAGAAGAGCCUCAAAAGGACAUCCUCUGGAAGAAACAAGGAAAUUCACUAUUCUAGAGGAAGAAUAUGUAGUGAUGAUGAUGAUAGAGGAAAGCCAAGCAAGAAGCAUAUCAAAUGCUAUGAGUGCAACAAGAUGGGCUAUUAUAGAAAUGAAUGCUCUCAAUUGAAGAAGGGUGAAAGGAAAAACAAGAAAAGCAUGAAGAAGAAAGCUUUUACCGCCACUUAGAGCAAUGAUGAGACUAGCUCAAUGGAAAGUGAAAGCUCCUUGGAGAAUGGUAUUGCAAAUCUUUGCUUCAUGGCUCAAGAGGAUAGCAACAAUGAUGAGGAGGUAAACUCUAACUUCUCUAGUUCAAUUAAUUAAAGUUCCUUUG